AAUGCGCGCUUACUCUUUUUUGUUUGAAGGAAGAUAAUUAGAAGUAAACAUGGCAGCCUCAACGAAAAACGUUCGUGUAAAGCUUUCUUUCAAGAACGUCCUUCUUUCUGAAAACCAUUUACCAGGAAUUUAUUGGUACUUGGUUGAACCUCAAACACACCCAACUGUGACACACAUGAUAAGAGAUUUGAAAUCAAAAUUUAACCUAGAAGAAGCAGACCUCGUGUUAAAAGUUGAGGACUGCGUUAUACCCACGUGGGAGAGCACAAAAAUCUUCAGGGAGAAUGAUACAGUAGAUAUCAAAUGCAGUGAAAAACAAGAACAGAUUAUCAUUGCAUCCUGCAACCAGACAUGGGAUGAAAACUCUCUCAAGAAGAAAAAGAAGAAAAAGAGGACAUCAGUAGAAAGAAGUAUUUGCAAAACAAAUGUUGAAACUGAAGAUACCCUAAAUGCAGAAAGUAAUGCAAAAAGAAGUGCAAUCCAUGAGAACAGUGGGUCAAAAAGGAAAAGCAGUGAUGUUGAUACUGGCAAUAUCCAGAGCAUCUCUGAAGCAGAUAUUUGUGAGUCAAAGAAGAAAAAAGCAGACUCAGAAUAUACAGAUAACCAUUGUUCAAAUAACCACAAUGAGGGGAAGAGUUCAGGAGAAGAAGCAGAUGAAGCUCAAGCAGAAUCCACAGUAGGUGACAAUUCAAACAAAAAAAGGAGAAAAAGGAAGCGCCAUAGGAAGAAAAACAAUAACAUAAUAGCUGAUCAAGCACCAAAUCAGGUGUGUCCAGCAGGCUCAGUGGUGGUGUAUGAUUCUAAGAUGCAUCACAUUUCAAAAAAUGGUCUCAAAGAUGGUGAACAAAAUCAACACAUAGUAUUUGAUACAGAUGAUGAAAUGACACCAACCUGUGAAUCAACUGAUGGACCAUCAAUGCCACAAAAUAAUCAGAUACUAACUACAGAUAGUAAACCUGCACAAUCUCCUGAGAUAUUAAGCAUGUCCAAAGGGGAUUUGGUUUCUGAAAGCCUAGACAAGCAAAAUAAGAAACAUGAUCAUUUUUCUGCAAUACCUGGGUGUGAUAUUCAAUCUGUACCACUGGCUACUGGUUCAUCUCCUUCCCAUCUAAUUGUUACACCUACAAGGUCAACAGAUGCUCAAGUAAAUGGAAAACAAGUUGGUGGUUUCCAGGUAUUUGACAGAAGAAAACAAAAAGCAGGAUUUUAUGAGAUGACCAAAGAACAGCAGCUGAGAUCAACACAAACAAACUCAUCAGUUAUUAUGCAGAACGGAGCAACACCAAAAGAUGUAAGUAUUUUGGAAGAGAAUACUGCACCACUAAGAGAUUACACAUCUCUCCCUUCAUUACUUGGCCCACCUAGAAAUGGGGAUACCAUUGCUUAUAAGGUUCUUGAAUUAUCAGAAGAUUACACUCCUGUGGUAUCGAAGUAUAAGGAAGCAUGUGUUCUAGAUUAUUCUCCAUCAGAUACAGUGGUUAAAUUGGAAUUGCUCACAAAAACAGAAAAGAAAAAUUAUGGUCGAUUUGAUCUUGUCAUAGAAGAUGAGAGUGAAGUGUUCACUAAUAUACCAACAGAAAAUGUGGUAUUAAUCCGUUUGGCUGAAAUGCUGGAACCAAAGCUUAUUCCAACAGGACCCUAAAGACUGAAGAAUACUUACUGUGCAGCUAUUAAAAGAAGACGAUCAUUAAUGAGAUUUUUGAUUUUUAUUUUAGUCACUUUGGAAUUUAUUUUGCGUCCAUUAGUAUUAUGUGAUUUUGCUCUUCUUAAUCAUUAAAAGUUAUAAUAGAAUCCAUGAUUUUGUGAAUAUGAAGUAAUCAGAUUAUACCCACCAUUAUGUGAGAUCUAUAUUUCAAAAAACAAAGCGUUUUCACAUUAAAUUAUACCCCAGUCUUGGAU